GUCUUAUGGACUUGUACUUCGAAUCAUACUGAUCGUAAAGUUCUCUCAUUUCAAGUAAACAAAAAAAAAGUUUAUGCGUUGACUCCGGCGAACAAAAGCAUACGACGACGGCGACGAGACGAUGAUGAUGAAAGGGAUCUCACUUUCUCAGUCGAAUAGUUUCCAUCCAACCAUCAAAUUCAAUCGACCGAAUCCUCCUCCGAUCAACACUGCGAAUCCGAUCCUCCACCUUCCGAGAAGACCCCUCCGUGUCCUCUCGCUCUCAUCGGCAAAUCAGAACCCCAAAUCCACCGCUAAACCCCACGCGCCGCCGCCGCCGCUGGUGGUCGUGGGAUCCGCGAACGCCGACAUCUACGUGGAGAUCGAGAGACUGCCCAAGGAAGGCGAGACGAUCUCGGCCAAGACGGGGCAGACGCUCGCCGGCGGAAAAGGCGCGAACCAGGCGGCGUGCGGCGCGAAGCUGGACUACCCGACCUACUUCGUCGGUCGCCUGGGAGAGGACGCGCACGGGAAGCUGAUCGCAGGCGCCUUGGGGGAUGGUCCGGAUGGAUGCGGAGUGCGCUUGGAUUACGUGAAGUCGGUGAAGGAGGAGCCGACGGGGCACGCGGUGGUGAUGCUGCAGUCGGACGGUCAGAACUCGAUUGUUAUCGUUGGUGGUGCUAAUAUGAGAGGGUGGCCUGAGGAGAUGGGGGAUGAGGAGCUCGAGAUCGUGAGGAACGCUGGUGUUGUGUUGCUGCAGAGAGAGAUCCCUGAUUCCAUCAAUCUUCAAGUUGCUAAGGCUGUGAAGAAAGCAGGUGUUCCGGUCAUCCUGGACGUGGGAGGAAUGGAUACGCCCAUUCCGAAUGAGCUAUUUGAUUCCAUAGACAUCUUGAGCCCUAAUGAAACUGAGCUCAGUCGUUUGACCGGAAUGCCUACUGAAUCUUUUGAACAGAUUAGCCAAGCUGUUGCCAAGUGCCAUAAGUUGGGAGUUAAGCAAGUCCUAGUGAAACUCGGUGCCAAAGGGUCUGCGUUAUUCAUAGAAGGGGAGGAACCGAUCCAGCAGUCAAUUAUACCGGCUGCACAAGUGGUCGAUACUACAGGAGCCGGGGAUACUUUCACAGCAGCGUUUGCAGUGGCUAUGGUAGAGGGCAAAUCACAUGAGGAAUGCUUGAGAUUUGCUGCUGCUGCUGCUUCUCUAUGUGUCCAAGUAAAGGGUGCAAUACCCAGCAUGCCCAAUCGAACAUCGGUCUUGAAGCUCCUUCAGUCUAGCACUUAAAACUGAUACUCUUUCAACUCAAAUCUUUUUACUAAUAAAAGCUAUUCAGGUCACGAGGUUAUGUUUAGUCUCGCCAUGGCGCUUAUCAAUGGUUUUGCUUUAGCACCAAAUCAGUGAUUGUGAAUAAAUGUAGCCUCUGUUUCUUUGAGCAUCAAGUCCUUCGAACU